AUGCUUGUAUUUCUUGUUAAGAAUGGUGCAGAUACUAAUAUCGUGUAUAACAAAAGAAGAACUCCUCUUCAUAUAGCAACCGCAAAAUUUUGUCUUAAUUUUAAUGUCUGUGAACAUCUUAUUUUAAAUGGUUGUGAUGUCAAUGCAAAAGAUAUUGAUGGGAAAACUGUUCUUCAUUAUGUAGCAUCUACUCAUAUUUUGGCAUUGGCAGAGAUUUUUGUUUCACAUGGAGCAGACAUCAAUGCCAAAGAUAAUGAAAAUCAAACACCGCUUCAAAUCGCAUCUAAGGAUGAAGUUAGUAAAGAUAUUGCAGAGUAUCUAAUGAAUCUUGGCAAAGAGCAUGAGCAUUCUUCUGUUUAA